AUGAUUAAUCAUGACACUGUUCUAUUGGAUCCAGGAGGCUUUCAAAGACUUAUUGGAAGGUUACUGUACCUUACAAUCACUAGGCCUGAUAUUGCCAUUGCUGUGCAUAACCUCAGUCAGUUGAUGCAUGCUCCCAAGCUGUCUCACAUGGAAGCAGCUCUUAGAGUGUCUACCUCUAUUCAGGGAUUUUGUGAUGCUGAUUGGGAAUCUUGUAUCAACACAAGAAAAUCCAUUACAGGAUAUCUGGUCAUGUUUGUUGAUACAUUGAUUUCUUGGAAGUCCAAGAAACAGGCUACGGUCUCUAAAAGUUCAGCAGAGGCUGAAUAG